CCGCGCCAAGCGAGCGCGGCACGCGGAGGCUGAAUCCAUUGCGGCCGAAUGAGGAAGCGCCGCCCGCGCCUGGGGUCGAACUCAUGGUCCUCGAAUUCGACCGCACCGGGCGAGGGAGUGCGUGGCUGGGGAAUGUUCACUGCGAGAAGUGGACGAUGACGAGAUGCGGGAAGUAAUCCCAGUUCUAAUUGGUUACAAUUUGACGGGAUAAAUGAAGAAUGAGGCCAAUGUGGGGGCGGGUGGCGCGACGUCACGGGGCAGACGCCUCGUCCAGAGGCGAGAGGCGAGGCGAGUGUGCCCGCCUUCCCAUCGCGGCCGAGCGGCGCGGCGCGGCGCUGUACCGCGGCGAAGUCGCGUCUAUUGGACGCUUCCUCAUUACGGCGCUGGCGGCGAGCCGAGCGCCGCACCGCCGCCGACGCAGCCCACGGCCCACGGACCUCCGCUCGGCCUCCACCACCGCCGCCCUCGGACGAGGCGCGCCAAUCCACAUCGCAUUGCUAUUCCACUGUCGUAAUGCCAACCCGUUUCAAGGAGCUGGACGAGGACUUUUGUAG